UUUCAGAGAUAUGUCGUCUUUCUUUUUGGGCUUGUGUGAAGUGGAGUUAUUGAGUGUUCUUACCUCGAUUCGAGUUUCGGUUUCGUCCUUUUCCAAUUCCAAACCCGCAGCGCUUUGAGUGCAGUCAGCCGUGUCAUUCCUAUCGCCGGGUACAUUCUAUCUUACGUUUAAUUUAUCGGUAUCGUUCGAUCAAAAAAAGAAGAGAAGAAGAAUAUUAAAAAUAGCUGCGGGGGUAAUAUACUAUGGCGUCGAAAAGUUCUCCCAGAGGCGACAGUCGUCUCUCAUUUGCAAAGAUCGCUGCUAUGCCCCCACCAUCGAAACCGCAAGCUUCUGCUGCGUCUGAUGAAAGGAACGGUUCACAGCGUGUUGAAGCAAGUCAAUGUCUAGAAUCGCAAGACUUACUGUCUGGUCAGGACGGCUCCGUUAACGUCCCACACGAGGCCAAUGCUGCCGAUCGAGACGUCGAUGAACUAGGUCAAGCCGUGCAAGAUGUCCACUUGGCAGGCAAGAAGGACCGGCAGAAUUCUGGAUUCUCCGCUGAUGCCCAGGAAAAUGGGGCUCUUAAGCGCGAGACUUCAUUUGAAGAUGACCGUACCCAUCUUUCGAACUCCUCAACGAAGCAAACCAGCUUCGACUCGAAGAGUAUGGCCUCGGUCACUACAUUUGCCAUGGAUGAAAAGGAUUCUCUACGACCUGAUGACAGUGCCAGUGUUCAAGCUGUCGAUGAGGACGAGUCGCUUUCCGGGCCGGCUUCCGGUGCACCGAAUUCCUUGACUGGAUCCGAGGCUGGUGCUCGGGGGUUUAGAGACCAUUUCAGAGAUGGUAACACCCAGAGACCUCGAGCAAUCUUACAACACAAUGCAUCCGUUUUUGAUGGUAGCCAGCGGGCCAAUGGUGCAGUUCACGCAGAAUCUGUUUCAAACAACUUCGUUAUUCCAAACCCAGAAACAUUCCACGGCGGGCGGAAUCUACAUGGAUUCCCACUUGAGCCCGAUGAGAAGCUUCUUGAGGCAAUGAAAUCACCCAAAGAUCGUCUACUAAUAUUGCAACUAGAGGAGAAGGUCCGGCACUUCAUUCAACAUUCCAAAGAACAAUCCUUGGAGCUGCCGCCUUCAAAUGCCUUUGGACGCUUACUCGCCCAUAAGCUUGGUGAUUACUAUCACUUGACCCAUUUUGUGGACAACAAUGUCACUUCAGUUCGACUUCACAGAACACCCUUUUGUCGGCUACCGACGCCUCUGUCUACACUACAUGCUGCUACCAACAGCACUCCACCUCCAGCUGUUCCUGCCAUGAAGAUCAUGCGCCGUAAUGAUGGGCCUGAUGGAAGUGGAGCAAGUUCUGGCCCUUCUAAAACCGGAUCAGAGGCUGGCGACAGUGGCAAUGAUGGGGAGCGCGGUGGCUCCUCUACUGACGCAACACCUGCUAAGGACCGGUUGACAUUAACAAGAGAAGAACGAGAGGCUAAAUACCAGGAAGCGAGAGAGCGGAUAUUCCGCGAUUUUCCAGAAUCCAAGUCUUCGGAAAACGCAAAUAGCGACCAGAGUGCCAACAUGUCCCGUUCAAGUUCUGCGAGUGGCCGAAAGAAGACCCAAAGACAGAAAACACCCCAUGAUGACAGCUUCGAAGCCCGAUCACAGUUCAAUGCUUACUACCCGGGAAUGAAUUACGGAACGGGACCGAUUCCGUACAAUGUCGCCAUGAGUGAUCCAUCGGUUCCCAGCCAGCCUCCCUACAUGGUAGGACCGGGCGUAGCUCCCCCAGGCAUGGGUUAUGCACCAAAUGGCCAGAGCGCCGUCAUGUACCCCGGUCAUAUGAACAUGAACCCUGUCCCUCAGUAUCCGAUGCCAGUUUCUCCUCAAAUGACCCCGAGUGGCCCAUGGCAAGGUGGAGCUGUGCCCCAGCAAUCUCCGUUUUCCAGUUAUGCAUCCAUGAAUCAAUCUCCCGCGAUGAUGGCCCAACAACCCGCGACGAAAUCGUCUCCCGCAUUGAAUAGUUACGCCAUCCCCAACUCUGUGCAAUAUCAACAUACUCCCCCAAACUGGCCAUCAGCGCCGUAUCAUGGGGCUUAUCAACAAUCCACACACCGCAAUCAGCCCCCUGUUCACUGGCCCAGCUAUCCAUCACAGCCACUAGCGUCCAAUCCGACAUCGUAUCCUUACUCCCAGUUUCCCGGGCAGCCUCUCAACCCGGCCAUGCAGAAUCAACCAGGCUCGACCCCAAUGCCAGGAAGCUUUGGUAGAUCUCCUUUCAACCCCCAGACACGCUCUUUUGUGCCCGGUGGUGCUGGUCUUGCACGACACCCAAGCAAGGGUAAUCAACAUGGAAUGAACCCGUAUCCUAGCAUGCAGCCGACUGUUCAACCCCAAUGGACUGGAUACCCGGAAGCCGGUAACAAGGGCCCAGAAUCUAUAACGUCUCGCAUGGUGCCAGCUGGCAGAGACUCGAUUGCAAAAUGGGGAACACCCUCCCAUCUUCCUCCGAAACCACCACCUUCAGAAGUUCCCUCUGAGUUUGAUCUGAAACAUCGGAAUGCUGCGGCUGCUACUCAUUCCUAUGCCAACAAUGUGUUACCUAACUCUCAAAAUGGACCGCUCGUUGUCUCAGGAGGAACGAGUUUGUCGAAGGCGAACUAAACAUCCACGCUCUUACCAAAGGUUCUUUCAUCGAUCAUUUGGUUAAGUAUGAAGUGGAUAGAUCGAAUGACGAAGCAGUUGCUGGGGUAGUUCUGGUGUAUAUCGGCAACCUUUAGCCCAAGAUGUACAGGCAUCGUAUGUGUUGGUCUUGGCUCGUUGCCACGCUACUCUAGUAAUGCAUCCCUAUUUUACUUUAUCAUUUUUAGCUCUGGUAUCUAGAGAUAAGAUGGAAAAAUCUCUCGGUUAGAUGCCGACCUAAGAUAUGAUAAGUGGAAAGUUGAGUUGAUGAUAUGACUAUAUUUUCAAGUACUUUUUUUUAUUCUUUUUAUCACGCUAUAUCGUCCCCAGCGGUCGAGGAUCGGGUUGCGUGGGCGUUUGGGGUGACUGGAAAUUGAUACA